AUGGACUCCAGCAUCCUGGGGCUCCUGGUCUCUGCCAAGGACGUCCCAGCAGGACGCAGCCAGAGACUGCGUGAAGAGUCAGCAACAGCCACUGCCCAGCUGCCCACCCCCGGCCGGAUGGCUCCAGAGCCGGCAGCUGGGCUGCAGGAUAACUCACAGCCGAUCAACUGCUGUGUCUGCAACACCUACAGCGUUCUGUGGAAGACACUGCCCUGUUUGGCAUCUCCCCUGGCCUUUGAGCAAGAGGGCCCCGGGGAGGACCCCAGCCCUGCCCUCAUCCUGGCCUUCAACCUCACCAUUGCCCUGACCUUUUGUGGCACUGGCACAUGCCGCUAUCUGCCCCGCCUCCAGAUGUUGUCCCAGAAGCCCACCCUUCCUUCCACAGUGGCAAUUACGGCAGAGUGUGGGGCACGGGUGGCGCAACAGGGGCAGGGCCACCACCCCUACAUAAAGCAUGUGGGACUGGCACUCAGGCGCAGCGCUGGCAGUGGCAGGACGGCUGGGAGCCCAGCAGAGGUGCCCGGCCAGCAGUUCCUCUCCAGCGGCGACACCAUGCUGGGGCUCUGGCUGCUGCUGCUGCUGCCCCACGGGGGAGCCCUGCUCAGCACAGACCCCACGACGGGAAAUACCACUGACCCCAACGCUGAGGGAAGCCUACAGUCCACCCUGGAAAAGGGCUGGUGUUCCUCAUGGGGGGCUGGCCACUUCUCCACCUUCGACCACCAUGCCUACGACUUCCUGGGGACCUGCAACUACAUCUUUGCGGCCAGCUGCCAGGGUGCCUCACCUACCUUCAGCAUCCAGCUGCGGCGAGGGGCGGACGGGAACAUCUCUCGGAUCAUUGUGGAGCUAGGGUCCUCCGUCGUCACCGUGAAUGAGACGACGAUCUCCAUCAAGGACAUCGGGGUGGUCAGCCUGCCCUACACCAGCCAGGGGCUCCAAAUCACACCCUACGGCCAGAGUGUGCAGCUGGUGGCCAAGCAGGUGGAGCUAGAGCUGGUGGUCAUGUGGGGCCCAGACGCCCACCUCAUGGUGAGGACUGGGGGCCUGGGCAGGGGCACACGGGCCCAAGGUACAGGUCUCAGGAGGAGCUGCCCUCCUUGGGCAGGGGUCUCAACCUGCUCUGACCCUAAUUGGCAGUACACAGCACCCACCCUGCAGGUUCUGGUGGAGAGGAAGUACAUGGGCCAGAUGUGUGGGCUGUGUGGGAACUUCGACGGGAAGACGGACAAUGAGUUUCUGAGCGAGGAUGGCACACUCCUGGAGCCCUAUAAGUACGCUGCACUCCAGAAGCUGGAUGACCCCAAUGAGAUCUGCACCUUUGAGGCCAUCCCCAGGCCCCCCGUCCUGCAGGCUACACAUGUCGGGAACUGCACCCAGCUGCUGACCCUGGUGUCCCCUGAGUGCGAUGUGCCCAAGAAGCCCUUGGUGCUGAGCUGCCAGGUGGACAUGGCUACAUGUGCCCAGCCGGGCCAGCAGAACUGCAGCUGUGCCACUCUGUCAGAGUACUCCCGCCGGUGCAGCAUGGCACACAGGCCUGUCAGCAACUGGCGGGGCCCCGGCCUCUGCUCCGUGGGCCAGUGCCCAGCCAACCAGGUGUAUCAGGAGUGUGGCACGGCCUGCAUCAGGACCUGCUCCAACCCACAGCACAGCUGCUCCAGCCCCUGCACCUUUGGCUGCUUCUGCCCCAAAGGAAUGGUACUCAAUGACCUCUCCAACAACCACACCUGCGUGCCGGUCAGCCAGUGCCCCUGCCUGCUCAACGGAGUCGUCUACAGCCCUGGGGAGGUCGUGAGGGCUGCCUGCCAAAGCUGCCAGUGCACCAUGGGCCACUGGACGUGCACAGGGCAGCCGUGCCCAGGCCACUGCUCUCUGGAAGGCGGCUCCUUUGUCACCACAUUCGAUGCCAGGCCCUACCGCUUCCACGGCACCUGCACCUACAUCCUCCUCCAGAGCCCCCAGCUUCCCAACGAGGGCACGCUCAUGGCCGUGUAUGACAAGUCGGGCUACUCACACUCAGAGACGUCGCUGGUCGCCAUCGUCUACCUGUCCGGGCAGGACAAGAUUGUAAUCUCCGAGGACGAGGUGACCAACAAUGGAGACGCCAAGUGGCUCCCCUACCAGACCCGCAACAUCACCAUCUUCAGACAGACGUCUACCCACCUCCAGAUGGCCACCACCUUCGGGCUAGAGAUCGUGGUCCAGCGUCAGCCCGUCUUCCAGGUGUACAUCACCCUCGGGCCGCAAUUCAGAGGCCAGACCAGAGGGCUCUGUGGCAACUUCAACGGGAACACGACCGAUGAGUUCACAAGCAGCGCAGGCAUUGACGAGGGCACAGCUGCGCUCUUCGUGGACUCCUGGCGGGCGGGGAACUGCCCGGCUGCCCUGGAACGGGAGAUCGACCCCUGCUCCAUGAGCCAGCUCAACAAGAUGUACGCAGAGACCCACUGCUCGGUGCUGCUAAAGAAGGACGGUGUGUUCGAGAAGUGCCACGCCGUGCUGGACCCCAAGCCUUUCUACAAGAGGUGCGUGUACCAGGCCUGCAACUAUGAGGAGACCUUCCCGCACAUCUGCGCAGCCCUGGGCGCCUACGUGCGCGCCUGCUCCUCCCAGGCGGUGCUGCUCGGGGACUGGAGGGACAGCGUGGACAACUGCACCAUCCCUUGCACCGGCAACCGCACCUUCAGCCAGCAGAGCCAGGCCUGUGACCACACCUGCCUAUCCCUGUCCAACCGCGAGGUGGAGUGCCACCCCAGCGCAGUGCCCGUGGAUGGCUGUAACUGCCCUGACGGCACCUACCUGGACCACAGGAAUGAGUGUGUGCGCAAGGCCCAGUGCCCCUGCCUGCUGGAGAGUCACAAGUUCAUCCUGGCCGGCCAGUCCACCAUGGUCAACGGCAUCAUCUGCCACUGCAUCAAUGGACGGCUGAGCUGUCCAGGACAAUCGCAGGUGUUCUUGGCUUCCUGCCCAGCCCCCAAGUCAUUCCAGUCCUGCAGCCAGUCCUCAGAGGACAAGUUUGGGGCCGCCUGUGCCCCCACGUGCCAGAUGCUGGCCACCGGCAUCACCUGUGUGCCCACUAAGUGUGAGCCUGGCUGCGUCUGUCCUGAGGGGUUCUACGAGGAUACCAGUGGGCAGUGUGUGCUCCCCGGGCAGUGCCCCUGUGACUUUGCGGGGGUCUCCUACCCCGGGGGUGCUGUGCUCCGCACCGACUGCAAGAACUGCACCUGCUCACAGGGGAAGUGGACCUGCCAGCAGAGUGCCCAUUGCCCAUCUACCUGCAUUCUCUAUGGGGAGGGCCACAUAAUCACUUUCGACGGGCAGCGCUUCGUCUUUAAUGGCAACUGCAAGUACACUCUGGCCACGGAUGACUGUGGUGCCAACUCCCAGCCCAGCUUCAAGAUCCUGGUGGAGAAUGUCGUCUGCGGGAAGUCGGGGGCAACCUGCUCCCGAGCCAUCCAGAUCCUCCUGGGCGGCCUGACUAUCACGAUGGCGGACAGAAACUACUCCAUCAGCGGGGAGAACUCCCAGGUGCACGUGCUGGUGAAGCCCAGCUCCUUGAACCUGGUUCUGGACGUAGAUAUCCCCAACCGGCUCAACAUGACGCUGGUCUGGAACAAGCACAUGAGCGUCUCCAUCAGGGUCCAUCGCGCCUCCCAGGACGCCCUCUGUGGCUUGUGUGGCAACUGCAAUGGGAACAUGAAGGAUGACUUUGAGACACGCAGCAAGUACGUGGCAUCCAACGAGUUGGAAUUCGUGAACUCAUGGAAAGAGAGCCCGCUGUGCAGUGACGCGAGCUACGCAGAAGACCCCUGCAGCCUCAACCCCUUCCGCCGCCCCUGGGCAGAGCGCAAGUGCAGCAUCAUCCACAGCCAGACCUUCACAGCCUGCCACAGCAAGGUCUACCGCAUGCCCUACUACGAGGCCUGCGUGCGGGACGCCUGCCUGUGCGACAAGGGUGGGGACUGUGAGUGCCUGUGUGACGCAGUGGCCGCCUACGCCAAGGCCUGCCUGGACAAGGGCGUGUGCGUGGACUGGAGGGCCCCAGACUUCUGCCCCAUCUACUGCGACUUCUACAACACCCACUCGCAGGUGGGCGACGGCAAGUUCCAGUACACGCAGGAGGCCAACUGCACGUGGCACUACCAGCCCUGCCUCUGCCCUGGCCGCCUGGACAGCUUCCCAGACACGAAUGUCGAAGGCUGCUACAACUGCUCCCAGGAUGAGUACUUCGACCACCGCACGGGGACCUGUGUGCCCUGCAACCACGUCCUCACCCAGCUCCAGCUCAGAGCAGAGCCCCCAGGCCUGACAGGCCACACGGAGGUCAACAGCCACAGGACUGACAGUGACGGAAGCCAUAACACAGGCCACAGCAGCUCCCGAGAGCCAAGGCACAAAGUCCACAGCUCAGUCCACAGCCAGAACCACAGAGGCCCCACCAAGCUCAAGACCAGGAACGCUUCCCAGCCCAGGAACGUCCCUCCCGACCACCAGUGCAUAUCCAACUUCUACUGGCCACAAGUCCUCAGUUACCUCUCUGGGUACCACGCUGUCCACCAUCUCUCUCACACCAACAUCUCAGAGCCUCACCAGCCCGACCAGCCCAGAGCUGUUAUGGAGUACCUCCAUCCCAAGGCCAAUCGACACCAGUCUUUCAACCACAGCCGCGAAGCCUACUGGACCCAGAAGCACUUCACCACUGAUGACCUCGUCUACCUGGGCCUCCACCCAGGCCCACUGGUCUUUCCACACUGCCAGCACGUCAUUUCAUUUGCGCAGCUCUUCUUCUCCCUUGUCCUCCAUUUCUACCUCCAGUUCUACUCUGUCCCCCGCAGCCUCACCAUCUGCACUCCGGAGUCUUUUCACCACGUCUGUUUCUGUAGAGACUAUACAUCCUUCCACACUUUUGCCCAAGGCCUCAUCCACAUCCUCCCUGCCUACUUCUUCUCUAACCUCUUCCUCUCCCUUUUCCGCCCUGCCGUCAUCGAGAUCGCCUCUUACCACCUCGUCCACCUCAGUCCCUUCAACCUCCCCCACUGCUCCCCCACUGUAUGCACCUACCAGCAGUUCCAUCCCUCCGGCUCCAUUUUCCACUGCGUCCACGACCUCCAUGCCAAGCCUUGUGUCUUCGACCUUGGGGAUGACAAGCUCAACAGUUUCUCCUACUACCAACCUGACCAGCAGUCCUCCUGGUACCUCCAGGCUGCUGACGUCCAUGCUCCUGUCCAGCUACGAGCCUGCAGUGUGCAGGAACAUGAACAGGAAAUCACCUACCAGGGGUGCACAGCAAACGUGACCCUGACCCGCUGCGAGGGUGCUUGUGCCUCUUCCGUCAGCUUCAACAUCACCACCCAGCAGGUGGAUGCUCAGUGUAGCUGCUGCUACCCGCUCAACUCCUACAAGAAACAGCUCCUACUGCCCUGUCCAGACCCCAACGCACCAGGCCAGCAGCUCAAGCUCACCUUGCAGGUGUUCAGCAGCUGUGUGUGCAAACUCUCGCACUGCAAAGACUAG